AGCUAAUGCUUACCUCGUCUGACCUUCAGUUGCAUCUCCUGGUCCUCCAUCAUGAAAGGUGGCUAAACUGAUAACACAAUGCAGCUGUACGCGAGUUAUGUCAGCUGAUUUCGUACUUCUUCCGUAUUUUUGUUGUCGUGUGCGACACGACAAUGUUCCGGACUGAAAUUCCGCUCAUUAAAAACAGUUCUUCCUUCGAAGAGUACCAAAUGCCGUGAUACGUUACGCGGGUUGAGUCAAACGUGUUUUCAUUUCUUUUCGUGAAAAUAUCUGAUUUAUUAAAUAGCCAAUCAGCUACGCGAUUAGUAAUGUAUCUCGGUACACUUCGAUGCCAAGCAAGAUCCAUCGUGUGAUCUGAAAUAAUUUACUUUCAGUUUUCCCAAAAGGAAGUUAGCGCAAAUUAGACUGUGAGGCUGGAUGUGUGAUCAUGGAGGCCGAAGAUGUGGUAGAUGGCCAAAAUAUUCAGUCAUCUAACGCUAAUGUUUGUCCUUCCGAGCCCAGGGAUGAGAGGUCCAAUGAGAACAUGGAUGUGGAUGAAGAGGGUUUGUUCAAACACUCCACCACUCUGACCAACAAGCAGCGUGGGAAUGAGGUUACAGUACGUCCAGCAACAUUAGACUCUCUUUCCAUACACCAGUUGGCAGCGCAAGGUGAGGUUUCACAAGUGGCUGCACACCUGAGUAAAGACAGCUCCCUGCUCAGCAAGCAGGAUGAACGGGGCUUUACGCCCCUCAUGUGGGCAGCAGCGUUCGGAGAGAAAGCAAUGGUGGAUUUUCUCCUGGAAAAGGGUGCAGAUCCCAAAACAAUUGCGAGGGAGCGAGAGAGUGCCCUGACUCUGGCCAGCUCCGGAGGCUAUGUGGACAUCGUGGAGUCUCUUCUCAAACAUGGAGUAGACAUUGACACUUAUGACUGGAAUGGUGGGACUCCUCUUCUUUAUGCUGUACGAGGGAACCACAUCAAAUGUGUAGAAGCACUCUUAGCCAACGGGGCAGACAUGACCAUUGAGUCUGAUUCUGGUUACAGUCCAAUGGCCUUAGCUGUUGCCCUUGGACACAAAAAGAUUCAAAAAGUGUUGGAGGACCAUAUUCUGAAACUCUACAAGUCGCCAACAUGACACGAGUUAAAGUGUAUUAAUGCAUUCUGACACUGUUGAUCACAGAUCUACAACCGGCCAUCAUCUGUGGUGAGACGAUGGAGACCUCUGUCACGAUAACAAGUCAUUGUAAUAGACGAGUGCAUAUGCAGAUACAUUUACACUGAGUAAAAUGCAUUUGCCAUUUUAUAAACAGUUUAUUCCAUUUGUAUGCAUUGCUUUGUAUGCAUUACAGUGUUCUGAAACUUUAUACAAGCUAGGACUAAAAUGUGAUGGUUGUGUACAGUGGAAUUAUUUUGUUUGGCUGAAGGGCAGCAAAAAAGGACUGUAAACAUGUUUUAAUAAAAAUGUAUUUUUA